UACAAGACAUACUGACAUAGAGAAAAUUGUCGCUUAACCAUACACUCGUAGCGGUCUGUUUAAAAAACUAUACAAAAAUAAAUUAUAGAAAAUGACAUCACGAGAAAUAUUAACUAUUCAAGUUGGCCAUUACUCUAAUUUCGUUGGAACACAUUGGUGGAAUCUACAGGAAUCCAACUUUUCUUAUGAUCCUGAUAAUCCCUCUGAAAUAAAUCACGAUGUACUGUACAGAGAAGGGGAAAAUUUACAGAAACAAGUGACAUAUACACCCAGAUUACUACUUGUAGAUUUGAAAGGAGCACUUGGAUAUUUAAAAGAAGAAGGUACUUUGUAUAAUGUUCCACAGCAAGACGAAACAGAAUUUCUGUGGAACAAUAAAAAAGUAGAAGUUACUAAGGAAGAAACUGUUCGUAAGACUCCAUUCAUUGAAAGCCUGAAUAAUCCUUCGGGAGUAUCACAAUCGACAUCUUUUAAUUUUGACGACGAUGUUAAUACAUGGGUAGAUUAUUUAUUGCCCAGAUUUCAUCCUAGAACUUUAAAUAUAAUUAAACAGUACAAGCAUGACUGUGUGGAACGUCCAUUUCAUGUUUUCACUUAUGGAAGAAACUUAUGGAGUAGCGAACAAUUUUCGGAUGAUUUCUCUGAUAGAAUAAGAAGAUACGUUGAAGAAUGUGACUUAAUGCAAGGUUUCCAGGUGAUUCUAGAUUCUGUAAAUGGCUUCGGAGGACUUGGGGCCUCAUGUAUAGCACAUUUAUACGAUGAAUAUGGAAAGGGCAUAAUAUCGUUUCCAUGCAUGGAUAGCAUGACGACCAGAUCCUCUAAAUUAGGUUCGAUUAGAGCUUUUAAUACUGCCCUGUGUUGGCAACACAUAGAAGAACAUUCUUCGCUCUAUAGUCCACUUUGUUGUGGACAAACAGGUUGGUCUCAAUCAGAGAAUCCACGAAUGUUUGAACACUUAACAUAUGACCCUGAACUGAAAUAUCACACUAGCGCGAUACUAGCAACUGCUUUGGAUGUUUUGACAAUGAGAUAUAGACGCAAAGAAUAUCCAAAUGUCGUUUUAACCGACUUGUGUGCGGAUCUCAAUAAAUUGGGCCGCAAAGCAGCAGCAACAAGUUUGACUUUACCGUUCCCAAUGACGUUGAAGCGUCCUAUGCCACAUGCAAUGAAACAAGUCUCAAAACCAGCCUAUAGAUGUUCUAACGUUCACGAGAUGAUGUCGCUGUAUUUAGCUUGUACUUGUCAUGCAUCGGCGACCUAUUUAUCGACCAUUUCUUCGCCACUGAAGGUAACACAUCCAUAUCCGAAAAUCUUCGGCAAGAAUGUUACUGAAAAGGGAGAAGUUGUUGGAUGGCCCGUAGGAAAUGAUGUCAAGUCUGUUUCUGUUAUGGCUGGGUUACACAGUGGAAAUAGCCUUAACACAAUGUACAAAUCUUUGCACGAUCAAGUGAGCAAAAUAAGAAGUAUAAACAAAUUGCAUGUCUUUACAGAUUCUGGUUUAGAAGAAGAUGAAUACAAAGAAUGCCUUAACCAUCUGCUUGAUUGCAAAGGAAAUUACGAAGACCACUAUAUCUAG